CGGGGACACUGCGCUGAUCUUUGCUUCCGCCCCCUGAUCUGCUCCCCGCGCCGCCGCCGCCUCUGAAGAGUGCGAGCUCAGGCAGGGCGUUCGUGGCAGUGCUGUGCUCGGCCGUGGAGAGAGGCCUGGACUACGCGGGAGAUCUUGUGGGGCCGAGCCGGAGGAGCGGGCGGAAGGCCUUCAAGAAGUAAAUGCAUUCAAGAAAGAUUUCAUCACUACCUACUACAAGUUCUCCCUAAUGCUUGAUGAGCCCGGACAGCACUUUUUUUAGAGCUAUUUGAUUGAAAAAAAUGAAGCCUACAAAGCUGCACUAUUGGAUUUUGGGUUGCUUUUCUAUGGCAGUAUGCUGUUGGUGUACUUCAGAUAAAUUCAUUCAAAGCCACCCUCAUACCUGGAACAAGCUGUAUCUGGCUCAUCAUUGGCCAGUGACUGUAUGUAAGAUGAGUGCUAACGAUUGUCAAGAUCCUCCAGAGUACUGGACAAUCCAUGGACUGUGGCCUGACAAGACUGAAGAAUGUAAUAAAACAUGGCAUUUCAAUGUCACUGAGAUUAAGGAUCUUAUAUCAGACAUGAGACGCUAUUGGCCUGAUGUGCUUCAUUCAUCCCUGAAUCGCACCCAUUUCUGGAAACAUGAGUGGGAGAAACAUGGCACUUGUGCAGCCACACUUCAGAUCCUUAAUUCUCAGAAGAAAUAUUUUGGUAAAGCCUUAGAACUCUACCAGCAGGUUGAUCUUAAUGGUUGUCUGCUGAAAGCUGGGAUAAAACCAAGCAGUUCAUAUUACGAGAUGACUGCCAUAAAGGAAGCUCUGACAAGAUUUUAUGGUGUAACACCAAAGAUACAGUGUCUUCCUCCGGAAGAGGGUGAAAAAGCACAAACAAUCGGUCAGAUUGAAUUCUGCUUCACCAAAGAACUGCAGCUGAGAAACUGUACAGCGCUGAAGGGUGAAUCCUACCCAGUGCAAGCUGACUUGAAGCUUGGAACUGAGGAGCUCUCUGUCUGCAAUGAUUCUCUCCCAACCUAUUAUCCGUCAGAGGUCCAAGAUCACAAAUGAAGCCAUAAAAGUUAAAAAAACUUCUUAAAAAACAACAAAACCCAAAUCCAUGAACAUUACACCUCGGAAAGCAGUCUUAGCAAUAUUAUAAAGCCCUGUUGAUAUCACGGGCAUGCUGUGAACAUUUCUGCUGGAAAACAUGCUUCCCUUGCCAUUGCAGAAGAAUGGUCCAUGUUGUAAUAUCAGUUACACAUUCUGAAGUGUUCAGCUGUGGCUCUGAUCAGAAUGUGUUUUACAACUUUGCCUGGACUUUUUGGCUCGCUUAUGGUAUGAAUGAAUGUUCAAGAGAGAACUAUGACUUUGUAGUUUCACUUGCAGUUCAGUCUGCCACUUCAGCCACUUUUCUUUUUUUCCAGUGAGUCAGGGAAAUUUAAUCAUUCUUUGUUUUGAAAGGAUGCUUGUCUCUCUGAGGUGGCAAUUUCUUGAGAAGAAAAUAUAAUAAACAAAAAGACCUUAGAUAGACCUGUCUGGAGGUCCUUUCCCAGACGUAUUUACGUACCACCUUGCGCAAACUUGCUCCCCAAAAGUGUUGAACAGAUGCUACAUCCUCUGAGGCAUUAAACCUCUUCUCCCUUGGAGAUCACAGCAGACCAAAGAUGACAAUUUUGCAUAACUACUUAAUGAGAUAAUGUCCCCCAGAUUUUGGCGCUUCUGUCUAAAGGACCCGGGAAGACUGUAUUUGUAGCCUUUACCUAUUCUUUGAUUGAUCUUGCUCCAGUAGCUCCAUACAGUACUGAUGAACAACCAAUCUUAAAGUUACUUGCUAGUACAGGAAAAUGUUAGGCCCUAGAAAUAUGUUGUUAAUGAUUUCUGUUGUAUUUGAACAUUUAGCAUUACCACACAAGUGUGUCUGCACUGUUAUUUAAAAAUGAGAUUGUCACAUAAUCUCUUUGUCCAAGAAACAGCUUUUUAUAGAUGAAACAGUAAAUAUUACAGGAUUUUCAGUGUUAAAUACAAAUGUUAUAAAUAGUACAUCUCCAUCCCAUAGCGACAAUUAACGUGCCACAAAGUUGGAUGUUUCCGAAGACCAAAUUUGGAUGACAUCGUUUACACAGCAUUGUACUGUGUCUCAUUGUCAUUAAAAGACAGACAGUUGUGGCUCAAGGAACCACUUAUUAGAAGAAUAUACUGUGAAAACAUGAAAUGUAGUGUUAGCAAUGAAUUUUUUAUGCCUUUUGUGGUUUAGAAACCAUUCAUGUUUACUCUCAUUAUUACUUAUUGAUGUUUCUCUACAACCUUUCAUUUAAGGUUCUAUUACCUUGCCAUGCCAGAGUGCUGUGUGUUUUUUAGUCCUUUCUGUGGAAACUCAGAUAUUUAUUUUAACAGCUAAGAAAUUAGUAUGAUUUGCACUCUGUUGUAUCUGUAUUUCAAUAGCACGAAGGCUUCUCUUCCUAAAUUUGUCUUCCUUCCCAAGAUUAAUACAUGAAUGUGUACUAGUAUUAGUAUACUGAUGGUGUUCAGAUCUGAUGUUUUCGUAGUAGCUAUGAUAUUGUCAGUUCAUACUGAACAUGACCAGAAGAAUCAAAAUUCUUCAUCCACUCAUUUCUGCUGUCAUCUUUUAAGCAAGAAGAAGUAGUAAGAUUGAACUAAAAUGAUUGAGAAGACUAGAAUGUUCUUGGGUUUUGUGGAAUAUUUUUGAGAUCACUAAUAUAUGUUUCUUUCUAGUUAUGAAAUUAUCUUAGCCUAAAGAAAACAGAGACUUGUUGGGAAUAAUGCUUUUCUCUGCAAGGGAGCGGCCCAAGGCUCUUGUACUUUUAAAAACUCUCUAACUCUUUCAAAUAGAGUUUAGACAGUGCAUAGAUUUUGAGUGGACUGCAUAAGUUCAAACAACUUAAAAUGAAUAUUAAUUUGCAGUUUCCAUCGUAAGAUUGGUUCUUUUUUUUUUUUUUUAAAGAUACAAGAAUCACCUUUUCCUCAAAGCUGUACUGUAUUUUUAAUGGUUUAGAUUUUUUUUCCUUUGAAGUCCCUUGUUCUCCUUUCAAAGCUCUCAGACUAUAGUGCCAUAUCUUUGCUUGUUAAGCUAAUCAUCAGUAAGGGAAGUGGAAACAGAAGUUGGUAAUUACCAUGAGACCAUCUCACAAAUGUCUUGCUCAGUGCUUUUCAGUCACCUGAUUAUGAACACACUUCUUAAUUAGAACAAUAGACUUCGCAAAGUCUUAGAAUCAUAGAAUGGUAGGGUUGGAAGGGACCUGUAAAUGUUAUCCAGUCCCCCCCCCACACCCACCCUCGCUCAAGCAGGUCCACCUAAAUCAGAUCACUCAGGAACACAUCCAGGCGGGUUUGGAAAACCUCCAGAAAAGGAGACUCCACACCCUCCCUGGGCAGCCUGUGCCAGGGCUCCCUCACUCUCACAGGAAAGACAUUUUACCUUAAGUUUAAAUGGAACUUUUUGUGUUCCGGCUUCGUCUCAUUACCCCUGGUCCUGUCACUAGAUAUUACAGAAAAGAGGUGUCCCAUCCUCUUGACAUACAUCUUUUAAAUACUUGUAAAUAUUAAUGAGGUCCCUCCUCAGUCUUCUCUAGGUUGAACAGGUCCAGAUCCUGCAGCCUUUCCUCAUAAGGAAGAUGCUCCAGGCCCCUAUCAUCUUGGUAGCUCUUCCCUGGACUCUCUUCAAGUAGUUCUCUGUCCCUCUUGAGCUGCGCAGCCCAGAACUGGACACAGGACUCCAGCUGAGGCCUCAGCAGGCUAGAGUAGAGGGGGAGUAGAACCUUCCUUGGCCUGCUGGCCACACUCUUUUUCAUGCUUCAAUCCCAGGAUGCCACUGGCCUUGACCACAAGGACACAUUGUUGGCUCAUGCUUAGUUUAUUAUGAAUCAGGACUCCUAAGUGUCUCUCUCUCUGCAGAGUUGCUCUGCAGCAGGUCUGUCCCCAGCCUGUACUGGUGCAUGGGGUUGUUCCUUCCCAGAUGCAGGACCCUGCACUAGUCCUUGUUGAACCUCAUGAAGUUCUCUACCCAACUCUCAAGCUGGUCAAGAUCGUGCUGAAUGGCAGCACAGCCUUCUGGGGAAUCAGCCAGUCCUCACUAUAAAUGUUGCUACCUUGGAUGAACAGGUACAGUAUAAAAAAAUGCUAUAAAAUCCUCAACAACAUGCUGUACUGCUAAAUGAGUGAUUGUUGUGUUUGCCUUUUUUCUGCAGCUCUUUUAAUUCCUUGGUCCUCUUCACAGUUAGAACUUGGAAACAGUGGUAGCAUUGGUUCUUGCACAGGCUUAUGCUUAAUGGAAGCUCAGAUCAAUAACCUUAUUGUUUUUUAAUUGCAGUAUAAAUUAUCUUUUCUUUCAAAAAGCCAAAUAAUGCUUAGGGAGACAAAAUAUAUAGUAUGAGUUUUCUGCAGUUCAAGCAUAAUACAUUAAUUUAAGCAAAGCAAACAACUUCAAAUAGGUACAAGGAAGGGGCACAGACACUUAACAGCGUUCACAGUGUGAAACUAAGGUAAAGCUGAGUCUUGCAAAAUAGUCAGUCAAUGCAGACAAGAGUCAGAAAUGAGCAGCCUCUGCAGUAGACAGUAUGGUUUCCAUGUGUUUUUUAAUCUCACUUUCAGUAAAUGUGAGGAAGCUGAUAAGUUUUAAUACUUUGAGAAAACUGCAUAAUCUGAAAUGAUAGAGAGAAAAGGAGGGAGACAGCACAAAGCCAGCACCAGCAACCUGAUACUGGGUCAAAAAUGACUGAUGAAUGUUAAGGCAAAGUUGGCUAAAAAAGCUUUCACAAUCUUAUUUAAAGUCCUGUUUAAAGGGACAUAUGUGAAGUACUGCAUUUGCCUUAAAACCACACCCACAUUAUUUUACCAAUGUUAUCAUAGAUUAAAUAUUCUCAUUUACUAUGGUUAAUCUUUUAAAGUAGCAAUAAAACACAAUGGUUUACUAUUA